UAAAUCCAUUUGUCUUGAGAAAGAUGGAAAGGCAUUCUUUCACUACCAAUACUACGUUGAUCCAAGAAUCGCUCCGUUUGUUGCGUCUGAUCAUCUUUUCGUCGCGACGACCUCUGAGUGUGGGCUCUGCUUCGUUUCGUUCCGCCCCCAUGUUUAUUUAGCCUCGAGCCAAUUUCCAUGCCAACCGCCACCCAAUCAAUACUCAAAAUCCGAACCGCAAACUCAGAACUUGGCCUCGACCGCCACCUCAAAUCAUUAUUGGCCCUUCCCUCUACAUUCUUCGCUCCUAUCCGAUAAUCAUCGGGCAAGCGAAUUGAGUUUGCAGUCGGGCUUCAGGAUUGUGAUUCUCUGUUCGAGUUUUGUUUACAGUUCCCCUAGGUCUUAUUUCGUGGCCAAAGCCUGCUCCUACCAUCGAACAAUCUAGUUCCGCGACCCACUUGCCCGUUAUUUCUUCUCGACCAUUCUAAAGGGGCGUACCCAGAUUUGAAGGCACUGUUUAACUACUGGAUUGAUUGCACGCAAUUCGUGUUCGGCUGCUUUUCCGUCCCUCAUUUUGCCCAGCCUCUACUUGUGAUUCAUUAUGGAUGCCGCCGACAAGUACAUCGAAAAAUCCGAAUGGGACGCCAGCCCUGGGCAAAAUCCUCCACACCCCGAAUUGGCGGAAGAGCAUGAGCCAGUAACCCGGAUACCGACUGCAUCCAGCAGCUCAUCUGGAUCUUCAUCGUCUUCAGAUGCCUCGGGUCUUGAACGCGAUGCAACUAUUUCGCGCUUACCCACUCAGCGCGAAGAAGUUACUGGUUUGGAAAGGCAUGAGACCGCGUUGAGUCGCAUUCAAACACAAAGAUCGCAACACUCCAACACAGUGGGCGCGAGCUUGAAGAGUAGGCAAUCAAGAAAACCACUACCAGCAUUCGGCGCGGGUAAACCUUAUCCGCCCAUGUUGCCGGAAAGAGAGGAGUAUGUUGUCGAAUUCGAUGGGCCUGAUGAUCCGAUGCACGCAAUGAACUGGCCAUUCCGAAAGAAACUGAUGACCGCGGCGAUGCUGGGAUUUACCACUCUCACAGCUGCAUUUGGAAGUUCCAUCUUCAGCGCGGCUACUAGGGUAGUCGCCAAUCAAUUUCAUGUCGGAACAACUGUAGGCGUUUUGGGUACCUCACUCUACGUUCUUGGUUUCGCGACUGGCCCUAUCGUCUGGGCGCCCCUCUCAGAGCUCAAAGGCAGACGACUCCCGCUGGUCCUAGCUUCAUUCGGGUUCUCUGUAUUCAAUAUAGGUGUGGCUACUGGAAAAGACAUUCAAACCAUACUGAUUUGCCGUUUCUUCUCUGGAUUCUUCGGCGCUUGUCCUUUGACGUGUGUUGCCGCUGUAUUCUCUGAUAUGUUCAACAAUCGCACUAGAGGAAUGGCUAUCACUGUCUUUUCGAUGACCGUGUUUUCAGGCCCUCUCCUCGCACCCUUCAUAGGUGGCUUCAUCGUCAUUUCUCACCUUGGUUGGCGUUGGACUGAGUACCUUGUGACAAUUAUGGGUUUCACUGCAUUCACGCUCAACCUUCUCUUUCUCGAAGAGACAUACCCACCCGCAAUCCUCGUGAAGAAGGCGACGGAGAUUCGAAGGAGGACCAAGAAUUGGGGAGUUCAUGCAAAGAUGGACGAGGUGGAAAUUGACUUCAAGGAGUUGCUCACCAAGAACUUCACUCGGCCGCUGAGGAUGCUCUUUACAGAGCCUAUCAUCGGUAUGCUUAGUAUAUACAUGGCCUUCAUCUACGGGCUUCUGUAUCUGUUUCUGACCGCAUACCCACUCGUAUUUCAAGGGGUUCAUCACAUGAAUCCUGGAGUUGGCGGCCUUCCGUUCUUUGGCAUGAUUGUGGGGCAAUUGAUUGCUGGCACCCUCAUUUUCCUCCGUCAGCCUGGGUACCAGAAGAAGCUGGCUGCGAAUAACGACACACCCAUACCCGAGUGGCGUCUGCCAGAAAUCAUCAUUGGGGGCAUCUGCUUCGCAGCUGGAAUAUUCGGUUUUGGUUGGACUGCCUAUGAAUCCAUCCACUGGAUUGCCCCCACCAUGUUUGGUAUUUUGAUCGGCUUUGGCUUGCUCAGUAUUUUCCUACAGGCACUAAACUACCUCGUGGACGCAUAUCUAAUGUUUGCGGCUUCUGCAAUUGCUGCCAACACAUUCCUGCGGUCCAUCUUUGGCGCCGUUUUCCCUUUGUUCGCCCAACAAAUGUUCGAGGCCAUGGGCAUUCAGUACGCUGCCACGCUGCUUGGUUGCGUUGCCGCUGUGCUGGUGCCUGUCCCCGUCUGGUUCCUGUACCGUGGUGCGAAACUCAGGCAAAAGAGUAAAUUCGCGCCAACGUUCAAGGCUACCAUAUAA